UCGCCGGUCCAAUCCCUCCAUAGAAGUAGCGAUACUUGCUUUCGCCAAGCUUCAAGCUUCAGUCAACAGUCCAAGUUAUAACUGUGGUGCCACAUUGUAAACAUAAUACAAACACCUCUGUAUUUAAAAAAAAUCCUUCAAAGUUUGAUCAAUUUCAUUUUAAAAUGCGUAAAAUAAGAUCUGGGGUUAAAUAGGCGAGUUAAAUAUAAUAUUGCAUUGUUAUCGCGGCAGAGAAGAGGACAGCCUUAAACUGUACAACUACUGUGUUAUCUUCCCUGUGCGAUGUUGGGGGAAAGUUUUGGUUAACAAGUUGGAUCUGAUCGUCUACUGGGACUUAUUGCGAAUGUGUAUUGAAACGUUCAUCGCUAUCCACGGGCGCACUGCUAUGCGCCACGACUUGGUGCAUUUUAUAAGGCAUACAUCCUCUGAUCACUACUGCGAAGGAAGACUUUAGUUACUGAGGCAGAUCGCUAUUGAUGGCGUUACUGAACAUUCGCGGUGAUUGGUAUUUGUAUAUUUGGCUUAUAUAUCGUAAAAUCUAUUCAGCUGUUAUAUGGUUGCUUGGCAAUCAUUGUCGAAGUGAUAAGGGACGGUCUGUGAUAAGCGCCGGUGUCGGCAGCCAGUCGAUUGGAGGCCUUCACAGAGUGCGGACGCGUCGUAGGAAAUCACAACAGCACCGUAUUAAGCAUAUCGUCGCACUAGUGAGGAGGCAAUCGUUGAGAAGAAUAGUGAUGGCACCUGGACCGAGUACUGCACACGCCAUGAUGGAGGACAAAGAAAAAACCCUUUCGAAUGUGUCGAUGCGUAGACGUCGCAUCAGUCAAUUCGCACCGCUGCUGAUCGCACUGGUGGGCCUGCCUGCGCGUGGCAAGAGCCAACUGGCGCAUCGCCUGUCCAGGCAUCUCAACUGGAACGGGGAGAGCACUAAAGUUUUUGACUGCAGCGAGUAUCGCCGUCGCCACAUGGCUCUAUACGGCAGCCAUGACAUCUUUCGCGCUGACAAUCAGCAUGGCUCUGCGAUUCGCCGCCAGAGCGCACGCGAGGCCGUGCAAGAUGCUGUGCUGUGGCUCAAGGAUGGGAACAGUGUUGCUAUUUUUGAUGGCACAAACAUAACAAGAGAGCAACGUCGCGAACUAAAUGAUUACUGUAUCUCUGAUAUGGGCUUCAGGAUAUUGUUCAUUGAAUGCGUUUGCGAAGACCAAGAAUUACUUGAAAGGAACAUAAUUGAGAUCCUCCACUACUCCGCUGACUACAAGACAAUGAGUGAGGAGGAAGCUAUAGAUGACUUGAGGAAGAAACUGGAACACUACAUGCGUCAAUAUGAACCGAUCGAUGCAAAUUUGGAGAGCAAUAUAAAUUUCGUACGUGUCGAAAACAUGGGCGAAACGGUGACGGCCCAUAAAGUUUCAGGCCAGAAGGAAUCGGGGAUUCUCGGUUAUUUGUCAGGAAUGAGAGCCUUGCCACAGACUUUAUACUUCACUCGGCACGGGGAGAGCGAAUACAACGUGCUCGGUCGUAUCGGAGGCGACGCGGCGCUGUCCCCGCGGGGCCAGAGCUACGCGCAUGCGCUCGCGGAACACCUCAACGGACUCUCGGUCAUAGAACCUCUCAAUGUGUGGACAUCAGAACUUUGUCGCACGAAGCAAACUGCUGCUGAAAUUAUGGCGCCCAAAAGAUCCAUCCGAGCUCUCAAUGAACUCGAUGCUGGUAUAUGCGACGGGUUAACCUACGAGGAAAUGCAAGAGCGUUUCCCGCAGGAGUUCGCAUGGCGUGACCAGGACAAGUUGCGUUACCGGUACCCGUGGGGCGAGUCCUACAUUGACAUCAUGACUAGACUGCGUCCGGUUCUGUCAGCUUUGGAAGAUGAACACAACGUGGUGGUCGUGGGACACCAGGCUGUGCUUCGUUGCAUGCUUGGAUACUUUCUUGACGCUAAGCUUGAUGAGCUACCCUACAUGAAUGUACCUCUUCACACUAUCGUAAAGCUAACGUCAUAUGGAUACAAGUACAAAGUUGAGAUGAUAAAGCUGCCCAUAGACUGCGUGGAUACACAUCGUAAACAGCCCAAGAACUGCUCAAUCAACCGCAGCACAGCAGACGCACUCGUCACUGUACCAUCACAUUACGAUACACUGCCGUCAAACCUCUGGCAAAGUUCAGAAGCACAACUUUAGACCCCGGCCGGGCUGCGGUCCGCUAAACUACCAAAUCAGCAUUAAUACUGGGUUCCCAAUCCUCAGUGUGAAAAGGCCCGAGGCCAUAUUCGCAGUUGUGACAGACCGCGAAUGAAGAUGUUCAGAAGUCGUCUAGCGAUCAUCAAACUAUCUGUGUCUCGUUUCCUCGCCGUAUGCGAGAGAGUGACGGAUAUAUAACGAACGUUAUUUUAAACGGUUGCAAGACUGAAGGAUAUCAUCCGAAACGUCAAUGUAGUUUAAAUCGAUUUGUGUUCUUAUUUUAAUGUUUAGUUUUCCUAAUUAUAAUAAAAAUAUGUAUCUUCACUUAAUUGUAUCGAUUGUAAGAAUAUAUUUUACUUUAAGUUACAGUUAUGUUAGUGGAGUAAAAUAAUUUUACCGACGAAUAUCAAAUGACAAACAAUUUAAUGUUUUACUUUUAUUGUAAUAAAUAGGUAUUUCGUUAUUAUAUAUUAUGUCAAUUGUAUGAUAUAAAGUGUGCUAAUGUAAUAGGGAAUUAAUUAAAAAGUUUUUACAUCGUAGCUUUUAAAGUUCUCGAACUAUAGAUAUUAUUUGUACGUGUCUACUGAGGUCAUACAAUUUAUUGGACCCGAGCCAGUGCAUGCCCUGGUCACGAGCUGAUUUUAUAUUUUACAUUGCAUAUAGGCUUUAGAAAAUGUCACUUCAAUUGAGUGUAUAUGUAAUCCAUAAAUACAACUGUUUUGUAUUAAUUUUAAUAUACAUAUUAUAAAUUGUAAUCAAAUGUUUAUUGUUUGUCAUGACAUAUGAAUUUUGAAACUAUUUCUGUAUUAUACAGAUUAUAUCAUCAUUAUAAUUAGAGUAAGCUUAUAUUUAAGAUAAUUAUAAACAAAGAGAUUUGAUUACGA